AAAGAAUUACAUUAAGAAGUAUCAUAUUUUAUUCCCGUUUUCCCGCGAUUUUAAACGUCAAGUCAUUUUAAGUGGAAAAGAAACAGUGAAUCGUUUCAUUUUUAGCAUCUAUUUGUUACAGUUAACAGCUAAAUCUAAGAAUCCAAAAGUUUGCAAAUAUGGUUGGCAAAACGAACAAGUUAUAUGUUUUGAAAAGAGGAGGAAGAAUGGAAGAGGUCCACAUUGAUAAAAUAACAUCACGAAUAAAAAAGCUUUGCUAUGGGUUAAACAUGGACUUUGUAGAUCCUGUGUCCAUAACAUUAAAAGUUAUAAAUGGGAUUUACUCUGGUGUAACAACUGUUGAAUUAGAUAAUUUAGCAGCAGAAACCGCGGCAACUAUGACUACUAAUCAUCCUGACUAUGCUGUGUUAGCUGCUCGACUAGCUAUAUCCAACCUACACAAAGAAACUCAGAAACAUUUUUCAGAGGUUAUAACCAGUUUAUACAAUAUCAUCAAUCCACAUACGAAAAAACGAGCUCCAAUGAUUUCUGACACCCAUUAUAAUAUCAUAAUGAAGAACAAAGAAAGACUAGACUCUGCUAUUGUUUACGACAGAGACUUCAAGUAUAAUUAUUUUGGAUUUAAAACUCUUGAAAGAUCAUAUUUAUUAAAGAUCAAUAACAAGGUUGCUGAACGACCACAGCAUAUGCUGAUGAGAGUAUCUAUUGGUAUCCAUGGUGAAGAUAUAGAUGCUGCCAUAAAUACUUACAAUUUGCUGUCUGAAAAAUAUUUUACACACGCCAGCCCAACCCUGUUCUCAGCUGCCACACCACGGCCACAAUUGUCAUCUUGUUUUCUUGUAGCUAUGAAAGAUGACAGUAUUGAAGGUAUAUAUGAUACUUUAAAACAAUGUGCGCUUAUAUCUAAAUCUGCUGGUGGAAUCGGAGUCCACGUUCACUGUAUCAGAGCUAAAGGAUCAUAUAUCGCAGGCACAAAUGGUGUAUCUAACGGACUCGUGCCAAUGCUUAGGGUUUACAACAACACAGCAAGAUAUGUAGAUCAAGGUGGAAAUAAACGCCCCGGAGCUUUUGCAGUGUAUUUAGAGCCUUGGCAUGCAGACAUUUUUGAAUUUCUCGACCUCAAAAAGAACACUGGCAAAGAAGAAGUACGAGCUCGAGAGUUGUUUUAUGCUUUAUGGAUACCGGAUCUUUUUAUGAAAAGAGUUGAAAAAAAUGAAGACUGGAGUCUUAUGUGUCCUCAUGAUUGUCCUGGAUUAGCUGACUGUUGGGGAGAUGAAUUCGAAAAUCUAUAUGAACAAUACGAAAAAGAAAAGCGUUUUGUGAAACAGGUCAGCGCCCAAGUUUUAUGGAAAGCCAUAAUCGAAGCCCAAGUUGAAACGGGAACACCCUAUAUGCUUUACAAAGACGCUUGUAACAGGAAAAGUAACCAAAAGAACUUAGGCACUAUAAAAUGUAGUAACUUAUGCACUGAGAUCGUUGAAUACACGUCAGCUGACGAAGUCGCGGUGUGUAAUUUAGCAUCUAUUGCUUUGAACAUGUUUGUUAAUGAAGAUAAAACAUAUAAUUUUAAUAAAUUAAAAGAAGUCACCAAAAUUAUUACUCAAAACUUAAAUAAAAUCAUUGAUGUUAAUUUCUAUCCGAUCCCGGAGGCAAGAAAAUCAAAUAUGAGGCAUAGGCCUAUAGGAAUUGGUGUUCAAGGGCUAGCAGAUACAUUUGUCUUGAUGCGCAUUGCAUAUGAAAGUGAUGCAGCGAUGAAACUUAAUCAACAAAUAUUUGAAACCAUUUAUUACGGGGCACUAGAAGCUAGUUGUGAACUUGCAGAAAAGUAUGGGGUUUAUGACACUUACGAAGGAAGCCCAUCCAGUCAAGGUAUAUUACAAUACGACAUGUGGAGCAAAACCCCCACCGACCUUUGGAACUGGAAUGCUUUAAAAGAAAGAAUUUCUAAGCAUGGUUUGAGAAAUUCUUUAUUAUUAGCUCCUAUGCCAACAGCAUCCACGGCUCAAAUUCUUGGUAACAAUGAAUCAUUUGAACCUUUCACAUCAAAUAUAUACCAAAGAAGAGUUUUGUCUGGCGAGUUCCAAGUUGUAAAUCAUCAUUUAUUGCGUGAUUUAACUGAAGCAGAUUUGUGGGAUGAAGACAUGAAAAAUCUUAUAAUACACAAUAAUGGGUCAAUACAAAAUAUAGAAGCUAUUCCGAAAGAAAUAAGAGAUCUAUAUAAGACUGUUUGGGAGGUGUCUGUUAAAACUACAAUUCAAAUGGCUGCCGAUAGGGGUGCAUUUAUUGACCAAAGUCAGUCUUUUAACAUUCAUGUAGCUGAACCAAAUUACGGUAAAUUAACAUCGAUUCACUUUUAUGCUUGGAAAAUGGGUCUUAAAACCGGCAUGUAUUAUUUGAGAACAAAGCCAGCUGCUAAUGCUAUACAGUUUACAGUUGAUAAAUCAAAAGUCAGAGGUAAAGUUACGAAUGGAAAUUCUGAUGAGGCAAACAUGGCAGCAAUAACAUGUUCCCUACAGAAUAAAGAUAAUUGUUUCAGCUGUGGAUCAUAAAUACAGUACCUACUGAUUUCAUUGUAAUAAUAUAAUGGCACUAAGGCCCGUAUUAAUUGAUCACUCUCAACCCUGAGAAGACGACGAAAACAGCAUCUAUCAAUCAAUAUGGGCCUUUAACUUCACAAUAAGCUAUUAAUUAUUCGACUAUAUUUUGAUUUAGUAUACCCUUUACGACCACCUAAUGAUACUACAAGAUACAUAGAUAUUCGUUUUAUUCUAUGAACUAUAUGCACUUGAAUAUUAUUAAUGUAUACUAAGCAUUUAUAUCCCUCAGCCCAGUGUACUCCCGUGGUUACAUUACUUAUAUACAGUAGAACCCGUUUAAUACGAUACGAUCACGCUUAAUACGAUUUCUCGCAUAAUACGCCAUUUUGCGUCAGUCCCUGCAACAAUACGAUUCGUCAUCCCGUUUAAGACGCCUAAAUCGCCAACACAUAUUACCUCUUGCGGCAACAUAAAAUUCAAUGACAAUGUAAAUAACACUCAAGAUUAGGCCUUAAGUGAUAAUGAUCAAGAAGAUGAGUAAACUCCGAUUUUGUCACACGCCCAGGCAUUAUCAGUAGGGCAUCGAGAACCGAUUACAUUUUCGGAACCGGUUCUUUCGGUUCCCUUCAAAACACAGAACCGGGUACCCGGUUCUUUUGGGCAAGUAAUUUAUUUAAAGGGUAGAUGAUCAAAUAAUGAAGUGCUUAUUCAAAAUCAAUAACCAUGUUUUACUUAUUAGAAACACAAGAAUCUUUAAAAAUUGCAAUGUUAACAAAAACCAUCGAUUUUUAAAUUCUGAAAUUAAUAACAAUUAGUUCAGUUCACAGUAUUCAGUUCUUUCUUAAUUUUGCGAAAUAAACAGAAAUUAUAACAUAUAAAUGUUUUUUUUUUCUUACAACUAAUCAACUUUAAUAAUGUUCCAAAAUAUAUAAAAAUGAACAUUAUUAAACUACUAGAGGUCGCCCGCGACUUCGUCUGCGUUAACUUAGUUUCUUGAAAAUCCCUCUGGAACCUAACAUUUUUUCGGGAUAAAAGCAGCCUAUGUGUUAAUCUAGGGUGUAAGCUAACUCCAUAGCAAAUUUUAUUAAAAUCAUUCCAGCCGUUUAGACGUGAAGAAGUAACAAACAUACACACUCACAUACUCACAAACUUUCCCCUUUAUAAUAUUAGUGUGAUAUAAAAUCAAACAUACCUGCAAUAUGGCGUAAACACAGCAGAACGAUGCUUACUUUCCAGUUAAAAUGGCGUACUGACAUUGCAUUGGCCGGCGCCACCGGCGCCUAGCUACAUUUUUUUAAUAGAUUUUCAUCUUCGUAUACGAGACUUUUUGAGCUUGCGUGGGUAAACAAAAUGUUUUAAAAUAAUAACCGAAAGAACCGUUAGAACCGGGUUUUUACAUCUGAGAACCGGUUCUUUUAGAUACUCCCAGAACCGGGUUUUUCCGGUUCUUUCGGUUCCGGGUAGAACCGGUUCCGAUGCCCUAAUGAUCAGCAGUUAAUGAUUUAAGACGAUAAUUAUGUAACUUCUUUGAAUCAAAGCAAAGACGCACUGCAUAAGUAAAAAUGUUUUUAAAAUCUUGUAAUUGUUUAUGCCUUAAAACCUAAAAUAGUGAUUAAUUUAAAUAACAUUAUAAUAAAUAAUAAUACACUAUUUUUUUAUAACAUACAUAAUUCUUAAAUAUUGUACAUUUAAUACCUCAAUACCUAUAUUCGAAAUUUCCUUGUCCCGCAAUCCCGCAUAACACGAUUUCCCGCUUAAGAAGCGUUUUUGGUUGAGUCCCUGUGAAAUCGUCUUAAACGGGUUUUACUGUACUUGACCGCUGUAAAUUCUACCCUCCCGAUGGUCCACGGGACGCGGGAGGGGGAUGCGCUCGACCAAUCAAUCAGUAGCCUGUCGGCUGCCGACAGCGAUAGAGUCACGAUCAGAGCUCGCGCGGUUGCAGCCUUGUGUCCGCUAUACAUGAGGCAUUGCAUACAGCACACAUGGAAUUACCCGAAUCUACGUAAAUAAAAAGUUUAGAAGUCAAGCAAAGACUGUGCUAUUAACUGUAGCGUAUUUUAAAUAAAUAUGAUUUUCCUUGUAACAAUAUUUAUAUAGCAAGACUACGCAUUAAUUAACAUUUACAAUUGAAAAAAAUAUAUUACAAAAUCAAAAUAAUUAUACUAAUACAUUCGAAAUAAUAAUACGCUUUAGAAAUAUCAACAUGAAGAUUUAAUUAUCAUGAAAUAUCUCGCCGCGUCGGCAAUGCCGUGUGUACCUGUGCACUUAGCCCCGAGUCCCGCGGGCCAUCGGCCUAACCCAGCCUGAGCACCGCGAUGUGUUAUAUAAAGCGUUGUUAUCACACUCAAUUGUCAAAUUACUAUGGUGUUUGACAGUUAGACGCGAUAAAAAACGUGAUGCAAUGGUAAUUGUAGUACUCAUGCUACGGGGACAGGGAUGGGCAAACUUUUUCUCUAUCGUGCCAAUAUUUACUAUCAUUUAUUUAUGGCGGGCCACGAUUUGCACCUAUGCUAAUCUAUUUGAAAUUUUGUGAUAAGUCUUACAGUGUAUUUUAAUUUAAUGUAGUAAAAUAAAUUUUUGAAGACUUGUAAUGUAACCGUUUGUUUUUCGGAUCCUUGGCAUCUACAUGAUAGCAUUUCGAUUAUUACCAUGCAUCCCAGGGCUCAGCUGCUUAUUUAGGCUCGUUAGUUUAUUAGAUUAUCAAAUUAAUUUCUACUCAAUCUAACGACACGUAUCUUUCUUGAAGGAAAACGGUCAGUUGGUAGUAUUUAUUUCGAUCUAUCAAUUCAAUCUCCAAUUUUAGAUAUGUAUUAUGUUCUUGAUCAAUUUCAGAUUGAAUCAAUUGAAAGUUUGAUCAGUUUGAAACAAUAUUUGUGAAUACUAUUGUCAAAUAAUACACUUCCAGACACAUCUAUCAGCCCAUUUAGUAUUAUAAUUUUCGAAGCUGUAGCAAAAAUAUAUGUUCGGUUAAGCAAUAAUAAUUAAUUCUUAAUCACAUAUAAAAGAGAUGGUUAAUAAAUCAGCUUCAAAACUGCGUUAAAACUUUUUCUCAAUGUAACAUUUAUUUUCAGCUAGCGACCGUCAAAACUUAAAAUGAUAGUUGUGUCGAUAGAUCAGUCCAGAAGUAUAUUUUAGCUUACAUUAAAACAAAAGGGAAGAUACGGUACGCUCAUACUAGCAUAAAAUAAAAUAUGCUCCGCCUCAACUACAUACGCAACUCUCACAUACGCACACUUCUGUAAGUCUGGGGUCCUUUAUGAGAGGCGUGAAGAAGCAUUUAUGCAGGCCGGCAAGAUGAGGAUGGUUGGUGUUUUAGAUUAAGUAAAAUAAAGAACACUUUAUCUUGAACCACCAUCUUUAUUGUGUAGUAAUCAUAGUCACAGUGUUGCCAUUAACUACAAGUUACUAUAUACAACAGUUGGUGUAGCAGUUUAUAGCUGCUGAACCAGCUAUCUUCGCGUUUGGACUUUAUCACCACUUAACAUCAUACAGGUGGGGUAUAGUCAUUUGCCUACCUCGCUAUAAAAAAAUCAUUCAAAGAGCGAGACACGACUGUGAGUCCGGGUAAAGAGCGAGACACGACUGUGAGUCCGGGUCGCUUGGUAAUAGACUGCCUUUUUUCUUACAAACGGCAGAGCUUUAUUGUUGCCCUUGUCUUGAUAAGAAAUGGCUAAUAAGUAAAUAACAUUCAUGACAGUCCGUGAUUUUUGGGGAAAAAUGUUUUUAUAGUUUUACCAAUGUAGUGUUGCAGUGGAAUUGUUUAUUUGAUCUUCAACUACAUAUUUGUUUUUUUUUUAAAGCAUCGGCGAUUUUGUUUUAUCUUCACAACACAGAAUAUACGCAAUAUUGUGAUUAUGAGUGCACAUGUAGCGUGUUUGGAUGUUAAAUUGUGACUAAAGCUAAUUGUGUUCAUGCGCCACAAUUUAAGCGGUACACUUUAGAGCCGCGAGUGCCAUAUCUUCCAUUAUUGUUUUAAUCAAAGAUAUUUAAUCAUAAUACACGCAGGAUUCCUUGUCAAUUAAAAUUAUGAUCAUUGUGUGAAUUUGUAAUAAUCAUGUGAAUAAGCAUUUUAAUAAAAUAACACUAUUAUGGAAUUGCAUUUUAUUGAUCUCUUUGUUAUUCAAUUCAAUACAUGUCAAAUAAUUAAUCUUCAUCACAAUAUUAUUAAACAUAGUCCCCCAUAUUAAUAAGCGAAGAAUAAGCUUGGAUUUGUUACUCCAUGUUUUGUCUCUGUUCAUUGAAUGAUAAAAGGCAUUUGAGUGAUAGGAACAAAACAUGGUGUAACUAGUCAAAGCUUAUUCCGCGUUUAUUAAUAAGGAGGAACGAGCGCAGGAUUAGUCAAACGAUGUGUAAACUGCCUCAAAUCUGAAUUUUUCGUGUGCAUAUUGAAAUUGACGGUCCGUCCAUUAAUUACCGUAAAAUGGGGUGUAUAGAAUUAAAGGGGUGAAUAUAGACUAAACCAAAAAAGUUUCAAAACUCCGAUUAUGUAUAUUCUCUGGUGUAUGCUAUGGUAUACUAGUCUACAAACUCAAGAAAAAAAAACUUUCGGCAAAUUCGUAGUAAUAGUACAGGAUCCCAAUACCGCCAGAACUUUCUUAUUUUGUCAUGGACAAAAUAUGGAUAAUAAUUAAUGAUUAUGAACGUACAUACUCGCUAACUUGUGCUGUGGGCUAAUUUUCAGGUAUCAGGUUGCCACCUGAGAACCACCAGGCACGUAAAAAGCCUUUGUUCCCAACGAGUCACACUGUAACCUGUAACAUUGUGACUCGUUGGGAAAACUUUGUAAAAUAAUUCCCAACUAGUCACACUGUAACACGUUGGGAGAUCUACCUUAAAUAAUUCCCAACCAGUCACACCACACUGUGACACGCUGAUAGACCUUUCUUAAACCAUUCCCAACCAGUCACACUCUGACUCGUUAGGCCAGGCAGCUAUCUCUGAAGUGCUUUGUGAUGAAUCCGGUUCCACAAUAGCCUUUAAUUCUUCAUUUUGCACUUUGGCCUCCGGCCGUCCACGGCGUUGGUUCUGAAGGUCGAGAUUUCCAAAUCGAAAACGUUGAAACCAAAAACGUACCGUGCUUUCUUUUGCGACACCAGCGCCGUACACAUCAUUAAUCCUUCGAGCUGUUUCUGCAGCACUGGUACCACGGUAGAACUCGUACUCGUAAAUAUACCAAUAUUUCAUAUUUUCCAUUGGGCGGUAAUAAGCGACGCCAAAGAAAAAUAUAAUGAGGAAAAAACCAAAUGAGAGACUGUUUUCAAAACUCAAAUGUCAAAGAGAAGAUUUCAGAUCAAAGUGGUCAGUACGACAAAACGCUAAUUUCAAAUGUAAGGAGCUAAUAUUUCAAUAGCCUGUAAUUAAGCACCAAACACGAAUUUAUCGUAAGCAAUAAGAGGAAAAAAGGUUGCCUUCCUUUUAUUACAGCAAAAGUAGCAGUGUAGCUGAUUAUUUAGUGAAAUUAGGACUAAGACGUAACAUACACCUCAGACAUACAUACAGACGUAACAUAACCAACACUUAAGAGUAGAUUGGUCUAACGAUUCACAGUGUGACUGGUUGGGAAUAAUUUCGAAAGGGUCGCCCAACAUGUCACAUGUGUGUCUGGUUGGGAAUUAUUUUACAAAGUUCUCCCAACGAGUCACAGUGUAACAGGUUACAGUGUGACUCGUUGGGAACAAAGGGUAAAAAGUUUACUCACUUCACUUUACACUGAGGAAUGAUUCCUACGUAUGUUGUGGAAAAUAUUGUAAACAAUUUUUAAUUAAUACUGCCAGACUCAUUUGUCAGCAGUUUUUUUUGCCAGACACAUUAAAUUUCGAAAGCAACACAACAUUACUUAACUUUUGCAAUAACAGUGUAAACUCCAUGUACUCCGUCACUCGAUUUAACGACAAACUCCUUAAAGUGUCGUAAUCACUCGUCUUCGGUUGGUUUAGUUUGUUUGACAUACAAUGAUACACUCCAUAUAGCAUUACACCCACUCUCAAUAACGACAACAAUUAAGUAAUAAUAAAGUACUAUAGAGUUCUACCCAGAAGGGAUAGAACCUGGGAGCGUAGACGUUAAUUGAAAGAAGAUGAUAGAGAUAAAUUAUUUAUUUUGUUUUAUCAUUCAGGCUAAUAUAAAAGUAUUUUAUCUAAAUACGAGAGGAAAUUCUUGGUGCCUGAAGAUCUAAUCUUGAAUGGAACCUUCUAUCAAAAGACAGACGAUUCCUUAUUUCAAAUCUUAAAAUCAUGACAUUAUCUUUUUAAUAUAACUGCCAACCGUAGGCAUUGCAAAAGCAAAGAGUUUACCUAAACAAGGAGGCUGCAACGUUAAGGACGUUACAUCCCUCCGGCACCUCUAAAAAAAAAAUUGUUUUGUCA